AUGCGUGAGAGCGCUGUAUUUAUCGUCCCAGAUGAAGACCCCUCAUACACACUUCACUACACCAAGAUCCUUCCUCGGAAUUGUCCCAGGACAGCGAGACGAGCGAAAAAGCCUGGACGAAAUCGCCGCCAAGUGACUAUCAAGUUUGGUGUGAAGGUUCCUAUGAGUGUGAGUCAAGCAUUGGAAUUUGAUCAAGAAAAUGGGAACAACAAGUGGCAAGAAGCAAUGAAGAAAGAGAUUGCACAACUUGUUGCACUGAAUUUUUUUACUUUUCAUGCCUCCGACUACAUACCUGAUGCUGAUUCUCAAGAAGCAAAAUUGACAAUGAUUUUUGAAGUGAAACAGGAUGGUAGACACAAGGGUAGAUUGGUUUGCAAUGGACACAAGAUCGAUCCUCGAGGAAUAUCAACAAGGUCGACUGUUGUCAAGGGCAUUAGCGUCCGUCUAUUGGAUGUUAUUGCACACAGAGAUAAUCUAAAGAUCAUUCAAGGAGAUGUUGGAAAUGCAUUUAUCACCGCCGACUGUUUGGAGAAGAUCCACGCCCGAGCAGGUCGUGAGUUUGGAGAAGCCAAGGAAGGAUGCAUUGUUACAUUAAACAAAGCAUUGUACGGGCUCCGCACUAGUUCCAGGGCAUACCGGGAGACUUUUGCUAAGUUCCUGCGAAAUUUGGGCUUUGUUGCAACUUGCUAUGACCGUGAUGUUUGGAUGCGUCUUCGCGAGACGAAUGAUGGUUACGACUAUCUCUGUACCCAUGUCGAUGAUUUCAAAAUUGUGGCAAAAGAUCCCUAA